AUGGAAAGUCCUCACGAGCAUCAGCAAGCCUUGCUGCUAUCUCGCAUCAUCGGCAACAUUGAAAAACUCAAUGAAUCGAUCAUGGUCAUGAACCGCAAUCUUCAGGAGAUCAACAUCCAGAACAUGAAUGUUGAGCUCGUAGCGCAGAUGUUCAAGAACUACCAGUCCAAUGUCCUGUUCCACUUGGAAGCGACGGACAACCUGAAGGAGCCAUCCUGAGCCUUUACCAGCGUUGACUAUUGUACUAACGACGAUAUGAUAUUCCGUUUCCAUUUUUCUAAUGAAAUUUUCUUCUGGUGAAUUGAGACUUGUGCUGUUGAGUAAAUUAUGUAAAGACCCGGACAAUUUUCCUUGCUUGUUCUGUAUAAAAGGUGUAUUAUCCCCAUGAUCUUGGCAUCAUGCGGCGCCGGCG